AUGUCUCCUAUUUUGGAGACUUUGGGAGAAUCUCUCAAGCAUUCAAACUCAAGAAUCCAAGGGGGAAACUACAAGGAGAUGAUAGCCAUGGAUUUCAACUUCAUGAGAGGUAUGAAGGCACUCUCAUGGGUGACUAGUCUUUGCUCAUGUAUAGAGGAACUUCAAAGGAAAAACUACCUUACCUGGGUAGUGGAUGCCAAGAUCCAUCUGGAAGCAGGGAAUCUUAGAGAAACCAUCAAGGAGGAUAACAAUGCAUCAUAUCAAGAUUGGGCGAAGGCCAUGAUCUUUAUCCAUCGCCACCUUGACGAAGGACUAAAGAACGAGUACCUAACUGUUGAGGCUCUAUUAACCCUCUGGAUGGCACUGAAAAAUAGAUACAAUCAUCAGAAAAAGUUGAUUCUUCCAAGGGCUCAUUAUGAGUGGACACACCUAAAGAUCCAGGGUUUCAAGUCGGUGGCUGAGUACAAUUCUGCAAUGUUCAAAAUUAGCUCCCAGAUGAAGCUCUGUGGGGAAACCAUCAUUGAGGAAGAUAUGCUGGAAAAGACUUUCAUCACAUUUCAUGCCUCCAACAUGUUCCUGCAAUAG